AUGAAGGAUUAUUCAUCAGGAAGUCACUUAAAUGGAGCAGUGAUGGCAUUUAGAAAACACAGUCCGUUUAUAAUGGAGUGUUUGAAGGAGUUAUAUGCAAGUUAUGAUGAAACCAGCUUAAGGAGGAAUGUAGCUGAUCUUUUAAGCAGAGUAAGGAUAAAGUUUCUUCAUGAAGAAAAUCAUGUCAAGAAUCAAAUGGAGCUGAAUCUUCAACCCUAUUCGGCUUUCUUCCCUAUAAGUCGUAAGAAUAUUACAAGAUAUUUCAAAGCACAUAUAACGAAUGUUGAAAGAGGUGAUGAAGAUGGUUUGUAUAGAAAGAUUGUUAAUGAGUCAUUUGCAUUUCAUUUGUGGAAGACUUUAACACAUUCUUUAGUUCCAAAGCCUGAAAGCCUUGUAGCCAGGUUUAUCAACCAACACUGUAUCCGUUGCUCUGAUGUGUUGUAA